UUGGUUGAGCGGUUGCGGUGGAAGAAAGGAUUAGAAUAUAUAUAUAUAUAUAAAAAAUAGGGAAGUGGGAUUUGUGUGUGUUUGUGUGUGAGAGGGAGAGAGAGCGUAGGUGCUGUCAAAACUCACUUCCCGAAGUUAUAGCAACAUAAAACACGGCUCUAAACUGCAGUCCGCACAUGCAUUUCCCCCACUGCCAAAGUCGUAAAUGAUAUACCCUUUGCCCCGCGAUCCGAUGCAAUCCUGCACACACACUAAAACUUCACUUCACUUUGGCAUUGCAAGACUGGCAGUCCAAAUCGCUUGCGAAACACGCUCCCGACGGACGGACACGAACGACUCUUUUCCUCUCCGCUCCAGCAUCAUCAUCAUCUCCAUCACCACAGCCUCUGUGGUGUGUAGAUACUUAUAGAGAGAGAGAGAGAGUCAGUUAGAUAAUAGAGUGAGAUAUAGAGAAUUACGUAGAUCGAGCUCUUCUGGUGGACCGAAGAGCUGCAGCCUGAGCAGUAGUAGCACUUGGUGCAUCGUCACGUUGGGCCCACGGGGGCUGUUCUGUUGCCGCGAUUUUCCGCCCGUUUUCCGGUCACGAAGAGCAAACUGCCAGUGGUGUGAGUGGUGUUGUAUAUGCAUAACAUAUAUGUGAAUUUCGGGUGAAAAGCAAAUCCAGGAGAAGAGCAUCAGGACCUGUUGCGCGCCGCAGAGACCCUCUCCUCCGACACGUACAUUCUCCCUCUCGCACGCUCUUUUUCUCUAUCGCCCUGUCCUCCUCGCUCUGCUUGUUCGGUAUCGCUGAAUAGAGUACGAAAACAAAACCAGCAGGAACAGUAGUGAUACGCUGCACGUGGCACGCGAGGAGCACAUCUUUCCGAUAGAUACGAUGUCGGAUACCCAGGAGUACGAGACGAAGAUGGACGUGAACGCGUCUAGCACCUCGGCGACGCCGCGGACGCCACCGAAUUGCGCCCGCUGCCGAAAUCAUCGUAUGAAGAUCGCCCUGAAGGGCCACAAGAGGUACUGCAAGUACCGCUCCUGCAAGUGCGAGAAGUGCCGGCUCACCUCCGAGAGGCAACGAGUGAUGGCCAUGCAGACGGCACUCCGUAGGGCUCAAGCCCAGGACGAGGCGAUGUUCAAGACCACCGGGCCCAUUUCAGCUCUGAAGAGUCCUUCGCCCAUCCAUAACGUAGAGCGAAGUCUGGACUGUGACUCCUCAGCGUCAUCCCAAUGUUCGACGACAGCCGGCGUCGUCAAGAAAAUCAACCAAAUCGAUGCCAUUCCUUCUACAACAACAGUUUCCGUCGGAACAGUCGAAUCCUCCACUUCUCCAUUCGUUGCCCAAAGCACAGAUCUGUUGGAGGAUUGCCAGAAGCUUCUGGAACGGUUUAAGUAUCCGUGGGAGAUGAUGCCAUUGAUGUACGCCAUUCUUAAGGACGCCCGUGCCGACCUGGAGGAAGCGGCACGACGCAUCGACGAAGGGAAGCGGGUGGUGAACGAAUACUCUAGAAUACACAAUCUCAACAUGUACGAUGGAGUGGAACUACGAAAUUCUACCCAUAACAAGAGCCAAGAGAGAAGAAAUUGCCCUAACGGAUCGACGUUCAGAUCGACGGUGAACCUGCAGGUCAAGUACAUCUUCUGAAAGAAGCCGGAAAGUUUAGAAAAAAACGUCCUACGAAAGUAUUAAGACUCAAGAAGCACUUUACUCGAAAACAGGAAGAGUAGCUUCUCUGUACAUAAGCGUGUACCAUAUUAUAAAUACCACAUAACUAUUAGUUAUAAUUAGCAGUAACCAUAACUGAGGAAUUCAACAAUAAUCUUAGAUACUUCAAAUAGAAGAAGGUGGAUAACAGUGCAAAGAUUAUUCUAUGUAUUAGAACAGUAUUUCAUAUUUGAGAAGCAGAGGACUGAGCAUUUUUAAAUGAUUAGAGAGCAAGUCCAAAGAUUGUACAAAUGUGUAUAUCCAUUUGUGUAAAGUAAUUAAGUCUCCAUAUCAAAGAUAUUUUAGUGUUUUAAGCGUGUAAUUCAUUACCUCGAGAUGACCGAUAUUUUUCUAUAUUCUUAUAGGAGAAAUCGAAGAACGAAUUGCAAUAUUUAUAUAUAUACACAUCAGAAUUAUUACUAUUUUUUAGAAGAUAAUUUAUUCUAACACUGAGAGAAGCACACAAGGAUAAAUCAAUGAAACAAUUCCACAUACAUAGCAGAAGAAAUUACACUAUUUAGAAAAAAAAUAGGUUAUUAUUAGAACAAAGGAAUAAAUUCUUGAAUCAAGACCUUUAUGUUUAAUAUGCAAAUUAAGAAUAACAGCAAAUAAGCAUUACGCAAUUGCAAUACAGUUAAUUAGAUAUAUAAAUCAAGUCUCUUGGAACUAAUUAUUAUUGGAACAAUUACAGAAGAAAAUUAAGUAUAUUGGGCCAUGUGACAAAAAUGCACAGUAUUAUUGAAUUAAUACUUUAUCUGCAAUGAAAUAUAAUUGUGAGUCAACAAUUGUAAUAUUACCAUGAAAACUCAUAGUAUAAAAGGAACAAUUUAAAAUGUAAUUUGAUUAUAAGCAUUACUAUCACUUAAAACAAAUAAAAUAUUACCUUUAUGAUUGCUAAAAUAAAAUGAAGUUUUAAAAAUAUCAGAAAGAUAGACAAAUACAUAAGGAAGAUUAAAGAAAUUGAACAAGAUUAAAAUUAAUAAAGAUCGUUUAAUUUUUUCGAAGAUUGAAUGCAACAUUGAAGAUACAAGGAGCAGAAAAUUGUUGCAAAGAAGAAUGAAGAAACGCCAAUUGAAAGGAGAUUCGUGUGUAUGAAGAUAAUUGAAGAUUUUUGCAGUGCUGAAUCAACGCAACUUUAUAAAUAUCAGAAGCAUAGAAGACUAAGUAAAGAAAAAUGAAGAAACUCCAAUUACAAGAAGAUUCGUAAAUGUAAAGAAGAUUAAAGUAAAUGAAGAUAAUUGAAUAUUUUUGCAAUGAUUAAUCGACACAACUUUAAAAGUAUCAGAAGCACAGAGGACUAAGGUAAAGAAAAAUGAAGAAAAUCCAAUUACAAGAAGAUUCGUACAUGUGAAGAAGAUUAAAGUUAAUGAAGAUAAUUGAACAUUUUUGUAAUGACCAAUCGACACAACUUUAAAAGUAUCAGAAGCAUAGAAGACUAACUAAAGAAAAAUGAAGAAACUCCAAUUACGGGAAGAUUCGUAUAUGUGAAGAAGAUUAAAGUAAAUGAAGAUAAUUGAAUAUUUUUGCAAUGAUUAAUCGACACAAGUUUAAAAGUAUCAGAAGCACAGAAGACUAAGUCAAGAAAAAUGAAAAAAACUCCAAUUACAAGAAGAUUCGUACAUGUGAAGAAGAUUAAAGUAAAUGAAGACAAUUGAACAUGUUUGCAAUGAUCAAUCGACACAACUUUAAAAGUAACAGAAGCACAGAGAACUAAGGUAAAGAAAAAUGAAGAAAAUCCAAUUACAAGAAGAUUCGUACAUGUGAAGAAGAUUAAAGUAAAUGAAGAUAAUUGAACAUUUUUGUAAUCACCAAUCGACACAACUUUAAAAGUAUCAGAAGUAUAGAAGACUAAGUAAAGAAAAAUGAAGAAACUCCAAUUACGGGAAGAUUCGUACAUGUGAAGAAGAUUAACGUAAAUGAAGAAAAUUGAACAUUUUUGCAAUGAUCAAUCGACACAACUUUAAAAGUAACAGAAGCACAGAGGACUAAGGUAAAGAAAAAUGAAGAAACUCC